ACUAACGAACAAAGAGUUAAUAUUCGAAGAAUGCGAAUCUAAUUUAGAUCCUUUAAGACCCCAUCAGAACUUAACAGCAAUGAGUUUAUGGCAAGCAAUUAUUCCAUCUUUCAAAAAUAUAAAAUAUAGAUUUAAUUGUUAUGUUCAUAACCCAAAUAAAUAUUUAGAAGUUCCAUAUAUGCCUCAACUUAUAGCAAAUGCAAGAGAGCAAAUUACAAGGAUACUUAAAGUCGAAUUGCAGAAAAAAGAUCAAAUAAAAACUGCAUUAGUUGCUCAAUGUAUAUAUCAUGGGUAUAUUAGCAAAAGAAAAGACAAAUCUAAAAUUUCAACAUAUAUGAUAGGUUAUCAUAGAAGCCUUAUGCGUGUUAUUCUUACAGAAAAAGAUAUCAAUGAACAUAUAGAUUUAUCCAUAUCAGAAAUAGAUAAUGAAAUAGACUCAUUUAUGAAAUCAGGAUCAGGAUGGAAUUUG